AUGAAGGCUACUCUUUCUCUCUCAAUUGCCUUGGGCCUGUUGCCCUUUACACCGAACGGCUAUGCCCCAGUCCAUGCUACCUGUCCAGCAAGCCGACCAUCUCUUCGGGGCGCUUCCACUCUGUCCCCCGAAGAAACAUCUUGGCUCACCACUCGACGCGCUAAGACCGCAUCAGCCCUAAAAGACUUCUUCGGACACGUCGAGAUCGACAACUUCGACGCCGUCAGCUACCUCAACAACCACUUUUGCAACCCAUCCAACCUCCCCAAUAUCGCCCUCGCCGUAUCAGGUGGUGGCAUGACAGCCGCCCUAACCGGUGCCGGCGCCAUCAAAGCCUUCGAUGCCCGUACCGAGGGUACAACUGCACACGGCCAGCUGGGUGGUUUGCUGCAGUCGGCUACUUAUUUUUCAGCACUUAGUGGGGGCUCGUGGAUGCUGGGCUCGGUGUAUAUGAAUAAUUUCACGACGAUCUCUGCGCUGCAGGAGGACUUUUGGGAUUUUUCUUCCCCGGCUAUUAUUUAUGGGCCGGAUAGUAUGAAUCGUACGCAGUUUUGGGCUCAGAUCACGGCCCAGGUCAAGGCGAAGAAGGACGCUGGGUUUGUGACUAGUGAUACGGAUUUCUGGGGCCGGAUGCAAGGGUACUACUUUUUCAACGCCAGCCAUGGCGGAGUCGACCUUACAUGGUCUUCCAUUGCAAAGACCAGCGCCUUCCAACACGGCGAUAUGCCACUCCCUCUGGUCGUCGCUGAUGGCCAGUUCUUCGACAAGUCCUCAGAGGACGCCAACAUGACAGAUCCGAUGUAUGAAAUCUCCCCGUGGGAAUUUGGCACUUACGACGACAACAUCUAUGGCUUCGCCCCACUCGAGUAUCUGGGCACUCGAUUUGUGGACGGUGUCGUGCCAGAUAACGAGACUUGCGUGCGUGGCUUUGACAAUGCCGGUUUCAUCACCGGCACGUCGAGCGAUACAUGGAACGAGGGAGGGAAUGACAUUGCCCAGACCCUACGUGCAUUGAUACAUCAAUACCCAGCCAACUCUUCCGUCGCAAAGGAGGUAAAUACCUAUCUCAAUGACUUCCGAAGCGCCGUCAGCUCAUCCAACUCAACCACCAACGGCCCCGCAGCCUACGACCCCAACCCAUUCUACCAAUACAACAAAGCCACAUCCCCAUUCGCACAAGACACACGCUUAACCGUCGUCGACGGUGGCGAAAACAGCGAAAACAUCCCCCUCAACCCUCUCAUUCAACGAAAGCGCAACGUGGACAUCAUCUUCGCCGUCGACUCCUACAAUAGCUAUGGCGACAACUGGCCGACUGGCUCCUCGCUCAUGCACACCUACGAACGCACCCUCGCCGGUCUCGCCAACGACACCUCCUUCCCUUCCAUCCCAGACAACAAUACCUUCGUCAAUCUGGGUCUGAAUGCCCGUCCGGCCUUCUUCGGCUGUGAUAGUUCCAAUAUGACCACCCCCGCGCCGUUGGUCGUGUACCUCCCCAACCAACCCAUUACGUACAUGUCGAACGUGACGAUUACCGAGACGAGUUACAAUGCGUCUGCCCGCGACGCCAUGAUUACUAAUGGUUAUAACAUUGCGACUCGGGCGAAUGGCACUUUUGACUCGAAUUGGUCGACUUGUGUGGGAUGCGCGGUUCUCAGCCGGUCGUUUGAUCGAACUGAUACGCCUGUUCCGGAGGCUUGUGCUCGGUGCUUUCAGAAAUAUUGCUGGAAUGGGACGAUUGAUGAUAGGACUCCGGCGCCGUAUCAGCCGGAGGUGUUCUUUUAUAUUAUAUUAUAA